GGUGGCUCCUCCCCCUGGCUGACUGUGCCUCUUCAUCCAUCUGCACACAGUGUUGGGUAUGGCAGGGCUCUCUAUGAUCCCCUCCUCCUCCUCCUCUUCCUAUUCUGCUCUGUUAGGGGGUUUCCCCCUUUAAGCCACGUCUUUCAUCCUCCUGAUUCCUCUCCUUGUAUUGGUGUUGUGGGGUUUUGUGUCUCCAUCCCCUCCCCCCUCCAUCCUCUGCCCCCCUUUCCCUCCUUUUCCCUGCCUGGGCUGUCAUUGUAUGUAGUCUGAUCUCUUCUCCUUUUCCUGCCAUUCUAUAUCCCCUCCCCCCCUUCCCUCCAUCCAUCCUCUACCUGCCUGGGCCCCUGAAGACAAGCUGCUCCUGGAGCCGGACCCCACCUCCUGCGCUGGAUGGUCUGCAGACACCCCAUUUAUCCAGCAUCGCUGAACCGCAGCAGGAAGAGCAGACGCCUGGCCGGGACCCUCUGUCUUCAGGUUUCCUGCUGAGCAUCGUGUAAUGACCUCAAAUGUCGUCAAAGCAGCUUCUCCAUUGGCUAGCGCUGUGACAGGUGCGAUGGAGCUGUCUGUGGCUCAGUGGCUUCUCGUCGUCUGUCUGGUGGCUUUCCCUCUCCUCUACGAAUGGAGCAUCUCCUUCAAGUACUUCUGCAAAAUGGCUUUCUAUAAUGGCUGGAUCCUGACGUUGGCCAUACUGGCUAUUCCCAUAUGUGCCGUUAGGGGGCGCAAUGUAGAGAAUAUGAAGGUGCUGCGGUUCAUGCUCCUGCAUAUUAAAUAUCUCUAUGGGAUAAAGAUCGAGGUCCGAGGCUGGGAGAACUUCAACAUUAAGGAGCCGUAUGUGGUCGUGUCAAAUCACCAGAGUUCCCUGGAUCUGCUGGGAAUGAUGGAGAUCUUGCCAGGUCGCUGUGUGCCCAUCGCCAAACGUGAGCUCAUGUAUGCUGGCACCGCUGGUCUGGCGUGCUGGUUGGCUGGAGUAAUUUUCAUCAACCGUAAAAAGACAGACGAUGCCAUCAGCGUGAUGACAGAAGCAGCAGAGACCAUGCUCAAGGAGGACGUACGUGUGUGGGUAUUCCCAGAGGGUACCAGAAAUCACAGCGGCUCUCUCCUGCCAUUUAAACGAGGAGCCUUUCACCUGGCUGUGCAAGCUCAGGUCCCGGUUAUUCCCAUCAUCAUGUCUUCCUAUAAGGAUUUCUACAGUAAGAAAGAAAAAAAGUUUACGACAGGGCAAUGUACAGUGAAGAUCCUCCCAGGUGUACCCACCAAAGGCCUGUGCGCCGAUGACGUCCCUGAACUUGCUGACAAAGUCCGAGGGCUGAUGCUUGAGACUUUUACUGAAAUCUCUAACGAGCGUCCAGGGAAAGAACCUGGCGGUGUACACUGAUCCCCUCUUCUACCAUCCUUUUCUUGUCAUUGUUGGCCAGGGAACACCCCCCAUUCAGGAAAAGCCAAGAGGAGAGACCCGUCUAGAGGGAGAGGAGAGAGAGAGCAAAACCAUUUGAAAACAAUCUCUACAGUUAAGAGCAUUGCUGCCCAAACUGAUCCAUUUUGGCCACCUAAGGAGAUCACCAGAAGAACUUCACUGCUAACACUGCAGGAAAAGCAGCAAUACUAGCAGCAUGGAGAUGGAUCUUCCCUACUACUGCCACCAAGGAAAGAAAACAUAGGCAAUGCCAUUCUAUAGCAAAUUGUAUUUGGUUAAAAUGGUGCAGGGUGCAUAAAAGGCAGCGGAUAGGCGAAAUAGGUCAACAUUUCAAAAAAAAAAAAAAAAUGGCUAUGGGUCAGUUACUGACAGUGGAAAAAGUUUACAGUAGACCUUCCAUUUCAUUUCAAACAAGUCUGUACAUAUUCAAUUUUAGCUUUAUAUAACAGAAGUUUAUUAUAUUCCUGGCCUUUUUCUGUGUAGUAGAGCAUUCUGGAGCAACAAUCUUGGCAUAGCCUCAAACCACACCUAGAGAGCUUAGUUUCUGAACACCCCCGUCCCUUAAGACCUCAGACCCAAAUGAAUAUCAUUGCAGAUUGGCUGUGAAGGCAAUCACUGCUAUCACAUGACCAGGAACUCGGCAUAGAACUUUGGUGCAACCUGCAGAGGGUGGGGGGGACCAUUAUUUGCACUUUAGGUACUUCACAUUUCACCUACUUUACACAGCCUGGGGCAUUGUAUACUAUAACGGUAGAAUGUAUUUUUUUUUUUUGUUACGCAAGAAUCGCUUUACAGGGUUGAUGAUGAUCGAAAAAAAAAAAAAUUUGGAAAAGAAUGUUGGGUAGGUGGCAGGCAAAAUGGGGAGAUGCAUUUUAAAUAUCCUCAUCCUGAAGAUCAUUGAAAAGAAACCUAUGUUAACCCGGAUUUGCAGAUUUGAUCUGACCAAUGAACAAAUGGCGGUACUGGAAUUCUUUAGGGUGCCUGGCUGGGACUCGAGUUCAUGAAGGAAAGCUGUUCAGAUAACAUUCCAUUUCUUGGAAGGAGAUGGGCGUUAUUCAGUACAACAGAGUCAGUCUCUUUAUUCAUUUAUGAGGGGGUGCCUUAAAUCUGUGUAUUUAUUUAUUUAUUGGAUGCUAGUACUGGUCUCUCCAGCUCUUUCCUUGACAGCUUUUUACGGUCUCCUCCUCCACCGGCGGCCUUCUCACUCUCUCUCUUUUCCUUCUCUUUUUCGAUUACAAGCAACUGUUGCCAGGAAUUGGAUAGGUCAGUUACUUAGGGUACGAAAAUCUGGCAUUGCCCUAACUACCUGCCCUGUAUGGCCUUCCAGAAAAUGACAUGGACUUGACAUGGGGGCAAGAACCAUGGAACUGCUCUGCCCAACUUUGUGGCCUCUUCCCCAGGAAGCCUUCCCAUCUCCUCAAGCUCCCGUCACUCCACAACCGCCGACCUGCAGCUUUUUCGCCUCUUCCCAGAUUCUUGUCUUGUGGCCUGAGAUUUUCCACGUUUAUUUUUUUUGUUACACUCCAGCCACCUCAAGUCCUUUGUGUCCAUAUAUGCCUCCCCUUUCUACGCCUUUCUUGUGUACCAGUGUGAGGCGUGGAAGAACUACAUGUGCCAAUGUGUUCGUAACUGUGGAUUAGGGGAAGAGGAUAUCAUGUGGGUAUGACGUGGGUUGGAAUGUUGCGUGGGCGGGAGGGGGCAUAUUAAUCUCCUGUCCUGUAAAUGUGAAGUAGCAUUGCACAAACUUUUCUGGGU